AUGCAGUCCAGACCAGAACCACUGGCAGAACCUUUGAUCAAAGCUACCUAUGUGGAUUCCACUGUUGAACUGACCUGUCACGUGACUGCCGGGAAAGUGAGUUCCAUUCUGUGGAGGAAAGGUCCUGACUUGAUAAAGAAUGGCCAACAUUAUCAGUUGGUACAAAACAACAGCAAGUUGAUCAUUGUUAAAGCCACAAAAACAGACUGUGGCACCUACACCUGCACGGUGGAAAAUAUGUUCGGCGAGAGGACCGAUGCAUAUCGUCUUAUUUUACACGGUGCUCAACUGCUACAUGACUGUGCAAGGAUAUUAUCCAUCACUGCAUUGGCUAAUGCAGCAGCAGCAUUGAUUUGUGAAAUAAUUGCAUUCUUCCUUGAGGUCAAAACAGAAUGUCUUCAGCUUUUUCAAAAUCUACUCCAAAUCUUGCAGUUCCUUCUCCUUAGUGGUGCAUUUGGUUGCUGGAUCUACACUGAAGGGCCCACUGAAACCACAGUGAUCAUAUUGAUGCUUUUAGUACUCCUGUUAGCAGGAGUAGUACCUUCAACUUGGAGUGUGAAGGUCUGUGAUACAAAAAAGUUGAGCAAGAUCUGGAUUGUUAAACCUUACCGUCUGAUCCAAAUGGUUUCUGAGAGUCCCCUGGGUGGAAUCGUUGUGAUCUGUCUGUCAUGCUCGCUGAUUGUGGAUACAGUGAGAAGAGCUGGUAAAGGAUGUGUGCCAUCAGCUGAUCGACAAUCAAGUUUAGUUCUUGCUGGGGAAGUGCUGUUACCUUUACUUCCGAUAUGCUUUAUAUUUUACAUCGUAUACAGCAACAGGAAGAUGCGGGCCGCAGGAAACCAAGCUACAAGUAACACUGAGUUGAACCGCCAUUCUUGAAACCCACAGUUGCUGACGUCAGGCUAACGUAAACCCAGAAGUGAAGAACUGGUGUUAAUCUAGAGAUGAUUGCUGUCAAUGAAGCCCUGUCUUAAAUUUUGGAGUUUGAACACCUGGGGACUAUAAGCACUCAGCUCAAUGUCUUUAGCCCUUUAAUUAUUAAGGGUGGAGACUAACAGUACUGUUUCCCUUGUGCACUUUUGGUGGGUUCAAAAACAUCAACUCAUACUCGUGCUUGCAUAGUUUUAUGCAGAAUAUGAUAGUCUCAGGUUUAAAGAACAUUUUGAAACAGGAAGCAGGAAUUAAGAAGCAAUAGUUAGUGUCAUAAACCAUUCCACCUCUGAGCUAGAAUUAUCAGGAGAAGGUGUGCCAUGUGAGGGGCUGGCAUAUGGAUAGCUUGUAGGAAAGUAACAGGUGUAUUGCUUUAUUUGUUGCAUCUAUUAAUUUCAUGUUUAAUGCUUCCGUCCUGUGCACUUUUCACUUUCUCUCAUUUUCUCUGCCAAAAACAUUGUUGCUCUUCUGCUGUUUCUUGCUAGGAUCCCAGGGUUUGGUCCAUUCUAUGACCUCUCCUUUUCAACCAACAGCCCCCUUUCUGCUAUUGGUAGCAUUACUGCUCAGUGCGGCCGCUGCCCACCUUCCAGUACUGCUAUUCACACAACCGCAGUUCAUCUCACUUCCCAGACUCAUGGGGGAGGAUCUGCUGAACCUUUUUGUGUUUCCCUCCAGAAGAGCCCUGUUCAAUCACAAGUUAGGUCUUUGCCAUUGAUAUGUUUCCGUGAUUCUGUUGUGUCAUCAGACUAUACCCCUUUGUUUCUUGAAGAUAUGAUAUUAAUGAACCCCGGCUGGUUGGAACUGUGCAGAUUGGACUCAGACAAGACAAAAUGCUUUGAAAGGCUUCCACAGUGAUGGUCGGAAAUCAAAUGAAUCACUUUCGAUGGGGGAAAUGUCAAAACAGAGACUUCCUUACAGUUGGAGACAGCCCAUCGAAACUUAUCCGUCUGACGAAGACAUUAACAACUUUCAUCCCAGGUUAAAAACUUACACCUCAAUGUUAACCAAAGGACUCUAAAUCUUAUGUUCUCUCAUCUUCCUUUGUAUUGGACACUAUAUUAACUUUGUACAUAAGUGUGUGUGCGUGUGUGUGUGUGUGUGUGUCUGUCUGUGUGUGUGUGUGUAUGUGUAUAUGUGUGUGUGUGUAUGUGUGUGUGUGUAUAUGUGUGUGUAUAUAUAUAUGUGUGUAUGUGUGUGUGUAUGUGUGUGUGUGUGUGUGUGUGUGUGUCUGUGUGUGUGUGUGUGCGUGCGCGCCCACUGACUGCAUGAAGGCCUAAUGCUCAAAAUCGUUUUUCAAAAAGGUACUUUUCUACGUUUUUAUGGUUAACAAAUUUGCACUUUGCCUCCACAGACCUUGUUGAUUAACCCCAUAUUGAUCAUAAUUAAUAAUUACAUGUUUAAUUGGAGAAAGGUAGCCUAAUGCAAAAAAAAACUUAGAACCUUGUGUGACCAAUGGAGGAGGUUGCAAAGAGGAGCCAUUUACCCUGUCUCACCCAGUUGUUACAAUUAGCGUUCUGACUUUGGCAGAAACCAGAUAACAAUUGACAACGACUUAGCCUUUCCUGAACUUUCUUCCUCCCUUCUUGGGGCAGCAUGGUGGCACAGUGGUUAGCACUGCUGCCCGACAGCACCAGGGACCCCAGUUUGAUUCCAGCCUUGGCCAACUGUCUGAGUGGAGUUUGCAUAUUCUGCUCGUGUCUGUGUGAGUUUCCUCUCUCUGUCUACAGAUAGUUAAAGCGGAAGGUGCAAUAACUCACUCAAAGUGCUGGAUGAAUGAAUGAAUUUUGGAACCUCAAUCCUGUGAUCUGACCAUAAAGAAGAAACGUUCACAGCCAGCUUCAAGAUUAACCCUAAGAUUUCCAGCUGGCUGGGAUUGUAAAAUACCUGCAGAUACACAACACAACCACUUUCUUCUAAUUCCUAC